UGCCAAGAAGAUAAAAAUCCGCCAUGAAAAUGGCCAUGGCAGCAGCCGCCGCCGCCUCCUACUUGAGCAGUGCGAGCGCCAUCUUUCUCUACGCCGCUCUCUUCUUCGCCGGCGCUCACGCCGAGCCCGAGCCGACCAAGGUGGUAACCUCUGAAGUCCCAAGCACACUCCCCGUCUGCAAGACGGUCGGCGGUGGCAGCACGUUCUUCGACGUCCAGUUCUGCCUGGAGGCGCUCGGCUCCGAUGGCCGGAGCGCCAACGCCGGCACGAACUACGGCACCUACUCCGUCAUCGCCACCGACCUCCUCACGGCCAACGCCACCAGCACGGCGACCAAGAUCGACGGCCUGCUCCGGGAGCGCGCCGGCAAUGACGACGAGGCCACGACGACGCGCUGCCUCCGGUCGUGCCGAGCGCUGUACGGCGGCGUGGUGCGAGGGCAGCCCGGCUGCGCAGCCGCCGUCAGGGGCAGGAGGGGCGGCGAGGCCACGAGGUGCCUGGAGGGAGCUGCGAGCGCGGCGAAGGAGUGCGAGGUGGGGUUCGGGAAGACCAAGGUGGCCUCGCCGGUGACCAUGGAGAACGACGACGCGUUCAAGCUCGCCAAGCUCGCCGUCGCGCUGCUCAGCUGGGCUCAUCAGUAACUCAAGAACCUUCAUGAUGUGUCUUAGUGUCUAGUAGGGAGAACAUGUUUCAUUUUCUCUUUUUCUGAAGAAUGUGAACAAGGAUGUGGCUGCACUGGUACUCUGGAGUUGCUCUUUUCGAAGAAAUAAAAUG